GUCGCUGCGCGCUGGCAGCUCGAGGUGAAGGGUGGCCCCGCCCUGCAGCGGUUGCUCAGCGCGCGCCGCGCGGCUCGUCCUCGGCCGGCGGGAGCGUUCGGGAGGUGGUGGACCUCGGUCAGGGACAGGGGCGGCCUCUCCCCGCAACGCUGGUGCCUGUGGUGCGUUUGGAGCCCCCGGUACCCACCGCAGAAAAAUGAGGACCAGGUUCUGCCGGAGAAGGAAAAACUCACAAUCGGUGCGGAAGCGCCCGCGAGGAACGGAGAUGGUCAGCCCCUGCCCGCCACGCACGUUGGCUGCGCGCAGGCGGCAGAGCCAGCACUGCCAAGGCCCUGGGGAUUGAGAUGCGGGGUUUUUGGUGUAACAAACGGCAGGUGCCAACAAUCACGAGUAAUGAUUGACAGGGAAAGCUAACAGCCACGUAAUUGUUUUCGAGAGUUUUCCUGCUUUGAAGCUGUUGUGAUUACCAGCUAGAUUCACCUGAGGACAGGCUUAAGUCCUUUAAAGGCGUCCUCUGGUGAAGGAUUUGUAAGUUGAGGAAGAUGGGCAAUGAGGAAUGUAGGCUCAGCUCACAAGUUUAGGCUGACUUUCUGCUGGACCAGUGACACACUGUAAAUAAUAGCCUUUUGUUCCAAGUAAUUGCAGAUUACCACGUGUAUUUUUGAGCUGUGCAGAAGGGUUCUUUCCUUCCAUCGCUCAAACAUUGCCGCUUACGACUCGUGAUACAAUCUCUUUGCCAUGCACAGCACAGAGCAGGAAGAUAAAGGAGGAUCUAAUGUGAUAUGAAACUAGCAGACAAACAUAGGGAGAUCAGCACCCUGGGUGCAAAUGGCAAGGUGUAUCUGUGGUGAAGGGGAGUGCUAGCGCAGCUGUAUCGUCAUGUUUCUGUGAAAGGGUCGUCAGAGUGUCUGUUAUGAAUCUGACUGGGUUUUUGUUAUGUCUUUUUUCUGGUAUCUCUCUCUGAAAUUUUAAAAAAUUCUCAUCAUGAGGAAAUUACUUUGACCUGAAGGCUGAUAAAGGUACUCCUGCAAAGAAAGUACUCUGCUAAUGAAAGACGUGGAUCAUAAGAAGCUUUCAGCAAUUUGUGAAAACAACAUCAAGGGGAACACCGGUGCGGGCAUCUUUGCAAAGUCUCUAUACGCUUCUCCUUCUGAUGGUCUAUGUAGGGGACUUUGUGCCUAAUGAGCUUUCCCAACAAAAUGGAGCUUGCUGUUUGUGCCUUGUGAGAUAGGGGUUGUCAAGGUGUGUAGUUACAAUUACGAAUUGGUUUUUCUUCUCAACGUGGUACAUACCUUGGUCUGAAGAGGAGCACUCUUGAGGAAACCCAUGGUACAAUGUGAGCGGUACUUCAAUAGAUAUCUUCUCCCUUGCACCCUCCUCCUCAGGCCCCAAAUGCAGUCACACUACUCCGACUGCAGUCUUCUGUGAGGUGCUUGGCAUUCAGUUUUGCAUUGUGCAGAGUUUCUCUUUGGACGCUUGUGUGGAACUGGGGCUCAUUCUGUGCAGGGCAUCAUCCCACUAUCCUUAACAAGUGUUGCGUUAGUGUGAUGGUAAACGUGGGUUUACAGAGUUCUGCCUUUGAUAAUAGUUGGGGAUGUGCAGCAAAGGACGGUGUUGCACAGACUAAGGGCUACAGGAAUAAAGAUUGCUGUGUGAAAUGCGUUGGAGGAGGUAGCAGAAAGCAGGAUAUUUGUGGGAGUUCUGUAUGGCCAAAGUAGCAGAACAGCUGGGAGUCUUUCAGCCCCCUGGGGGAGACUGUAAACAAAAAAGUUUACCCUACUGGUGUGCAGCUGUGAGGGUUUCCCUGAAGCAGUUUGGAGUGGUGUGGAGCCAUCUUUGUGCAGCAGCAGCCUUUGGUCUCUGGGCAAGAAAGCAUAAAGAAGAGGUCAGACUUGACUUAUGAGCUGUUUCCAUUUCUGACAACAAGAGGCAAGAUACUACAUGUGGUUCGUUAAUUCAGCAGAUCUGUCAGCAUCUAUCCUGAGAUGCUAUUUUGGAACCCAUUUGGCUGUUUUACCCACUACGGUAUGCACGCCUUGGCUACAGGAGUGAUUCUGAUGACACCUAAGGAGGCUGUUGAGCACUUGAAAGCUAUUAAUCUGUGAGAGAGGAGUAGCAGUGCUAAAGGGUGGCUGGUGGGGUAGGCAUCUUCUUCUCAGGAAUUAGUUUCAAACUUCGGUUCCUGCACUGAAAAAUGAUAUUAACUUCUGGUUCCAAGUACAUUUGUUGUCAGUUGACCUUAUCCAGGUGUUCAGCUUGUGUAGCCUGAACUUCAAAAACAUAUUCUUUGGGUGCUCCAGUAAAGUCAUAUGGAAAUAGAACCAGCGACAAGCAGAUGAUCAGACCCUGUCCUUGCAACAGAGUGUCUCUGCUGAAUUCAGGAGUGUAAAUGGGAAGAAAGCCAAACUCGGUCACUGCAAUAAAGGUUUUGUGUUAGUCCUUGGCCUCUGCACAGGCAGCUGGAACAGUAGGAUCAGUACCGAAAGGUGAUUUCAUAUUGCAGCAGGGGCCUCAGUCUGCAGCCAAGCCACAGCUUUGCUUUAUUGUAAACUUAGACUGAGGUCAUGAUUCAUCUUAAUUUAGCUCUAGUGAAUUGCAGAUAAAUGUAAACCCAUUGCUGUUAUGGAAACUCCUGGGAAGUGUGACAUGUCUGACUGCUAAUUGUUUUAAGUAUUUCAGUCUUAAUCCCCGACGAUGGUAGGCAAUGCCUAAGUAACCAAGGUAAGAUCUCUGGUGCCUCAUUUGCGCAAAGGUGGAGGAGAUAUGCCCAUAAAACAUAUAUGCUUCGUAUCAAGAGAUGGAGAGAAAAGAUUGUAGCGAAUAGGAAGGCCGCGCUUGACGCCUACCCGUGAUGAUUCCACCAUCUGCAGCAACCCCUGUCAGUGAUGCUGCAUUCUUGCCAAGCGUGGCUUCUCAGGAAAUCUGGAGGUCGCAAGUUCCAGGCUAUUCUGGAUUGGUCACACGGCACAUAAGUCAUCGGGCCAACAACUUCAAGAGACAUCCAAAAAGGAGGAAACAUAUCCGCCCUUCGCCACCGCCACCGCCAAAUACCCCGUGUCCUAUUGAUUUGAUUGACUUUGGGGAUCUCCAGCCUCAGAGGUCUGUCCUGGAACUCCUGUUUAAUGGGUGCAUUCUCUUUGGGCUUGAGUUCAGCUAUGCCAUGGAAACAGCCUAUGUUACCCCUGUGCUGCUUCAGAUGGGGCUUCCAGACCAACUGUAUGGAAUGGUGUGGUUCAUCAGCCCUAUAUUAGGGUUCUUGCUACAGCCUUUCUUGGGGGCCUGGAGUGACAGAUGCACAUCAAGAUUUGGGAGGAGAAGACCUUUCAUUCUGGUCUUAGCAGUAGGAGCAUUGCUUGGGCUCUCACUUAUGCUGAAUGGCAAAGAUAUAGGGAGUGCCUUGUCUGACACAGCGAAUAACCACAAAUGGGGGAUCAUUCUUACGGUCUGUGGCGUUGUCCUCAUGGACUUCAGUGCAGAUUCAGCAGACAACCCCAGUCAUGCCUACAUGAUGGAUGUAUGCAGCCCAGUGGAUCAAGACAGGGGCCUCAACAUCCACGCUUUGUUAGCAGGUCUUGGAGGUGGCUUUGGUUAUGUUGUUGGAGGAAUACACUGGGAUAAAACCAGUUUUGGAAAAGCUGUGGGAGGGCAACUUCGCGUCAUCUAUGUCUUCACGUCAGUUAUACUGACUAUCACUACUGUGCUGACUCUAAUUAGCAUUCCAGAAAGACCCUUAAGGUCCUUUAGCAGGAAGAAAAAGGUGAUGAAGAGUCCAAGUCUUCCUCUCCCUCCUUCUCCGCCUCUCUUCUUUGAGGAGGGUGUAAAUGAAAACUUUGCUUCUCAUAACUCAGCUCACUUAUAUGCAAGUUUCACGAGUCCUGUUUCCCCCCUCAGCCCACUCACGCCCAAAUAUGGCAGUUUUGUCAGCAGAGACAGUUCCUUGACAGGAAUUAAUGAGUUUGCAUCAUCAUUUGGGACUUCAAAUAUUGACAGUGUGCUUAUAGACUGUUUUACAGGCGGGCACAAUAGUUCCUUAGCACUUCCAGCUAGCUUGCCCAGGCAGCCUGUCAGUGUCAGUUUUCCUCGGGUGCCUGAUGUCUGUUACCAAGGAGAAAAUGGAGUUCUGGAGCAAGGGGAGAGCAGCAUAAUGCCGGGGCCUGACGGCGAGGCGCUAAGGGUGGGCUCACUGGAUGCGAUAAAGCCACGGUCGUCGGGGAUCCUGAAAAGACCUCAGACCUUGGCCAUUCCAGAUAUUGUAACGGGACACUGUCCAGAAAAUAGCAGAAGAAGAAAUGUAACCUUCAGCCAACAGGUUGCUAAUAUCUUGCUGAAUGGUGUUAAGUAUGAGAGCGAGCUGAAUGGAUCAGGCGAGGCCUCUGAGCAACCACUCUCCAUGAAACUUCUUUGUUCGACCAUCUGCCAGAUGCCCAAGGCUCUUCGUAACCUCUGCAUCAACCACUUCCUAGGAUGGCUUUCGUUUGAGGGGAUGUUACUCUUCUAUACUGACUUCAUGGGCGAAGUAGUGUUUCAAGGGAAUCCGAAAGCACCUCACAGCUCAGAUGAGUAUCAGAAGUACAACGCUGGGGUCACCAUGGGCUGCUGGGGAAUGUGCAUCUAUGCAUUCAGUGCUGCUUUCUAUUCAGCUGCACUGGAGAAGCUGGAGGAGCGGUUCAACACACGGACGCUGUACUUUGUGGCAUAUUUGGCCUUUGGGCUGGGCACGGGACUGGCCACGCUCUCCAGAAAUGUCUAUGUGGUGCUGUCACUGUGCGCUACCUACGGCAUCCUCUUCGCCACGCUCUGCACGCUGCCCUACUCCCUGCUCUGUGACUACUACCAGAGCCACGAGUUUGUAGGCUCACAGGCAGAGGGCACACGGCGCGGGAUGGGUGUUGACAUCUCCCUGCUGAGCUGCCAGUACUUCCUGGCACAGAUCCUCGUGGCCCUGGCCAUGGGGCCCCUGACAGCGGCUGUGGGCAGUGCCAGCGGCGCCAUGUACUUCGCCAGCCUGGUGUCCUUUCUGGGCUGUCUCUUCUCCUCCCUCUGCGUCACCUAUGAGUCACCACCCACCGAGGAGCUGCCGCCCACCGAGGAGCAGCGCCCGCUCUUGCCCCGCACGCGGAACGAAUAAAUGGGAGACACCGCCAUAGCCUCCGCUGCCUCACUGUGUUGCCCUCAGCUUCCCUGUUGCAGUGUGGUGGGCUCCUGCGCCCCCGGGACAGCAGCAGUGGGCAUGGCAAAUGUCAAGAAGGUCUGCGCUGGCUCCGCUGAGCUUUCCUCUGCCCGCAGGAGGGCAAGGGGCAAGUUGGUGGCGCUUGGCACCGCUCAUCCUUCCCCUGAGGCGGCAAAGGCCUGUCUGUGCCCCCAGGGCCGCAGCAACAGGAAGUGGUGGUGUCAGUGUGGGGCCAUUUCUUCCAGCUGCCCUGUGGCGCCAUCGUUGCUGGUGGGGGACAAGCAGUGUUGUUCAGCCUGGGGCAGGAGAUCUGGAAGUCUGGUGCCCAGGCGGAGCAACCUCAGUCUCUUGGGUGGCAGUGAACUGCAGGGCUGCACACACUGCUGCGGGGGCCGCUGCUGUGGGAGCACUGGGGCUGCCGUACUCUGCCAGCUUCGUGGGCAGAAGGUGCCACCUCACGGCCAGGCAGAGCGGCCUGGUCCUCGGUCACUGGGGGCAGUGGUGACUCCUGUGAGGCCUUGGGGAGUGGCGGGGCCAACCGGCAGGUCCAGGGCUCUGCCCAUGGUAGGCCUGUCUCUGGAGGGUGCUUUUCAAAACUUUGAAAAGGCUGAGAGUGACUGUUUUUGCUUGGGUGGCGUAAGUAGUCUGAGUGCAGCAUCCAGGCUCCUGGGUGCACAGAGCUCCCACCAGCAGAACUGCUCCUAGAAGGCACCGUGGGGUGAAACCGCAGUGGCCUGGCUCCCAAACCCUGCUCUGUAGGUUCUGGUGAUGGUUGCCAAUACGUGCAUGUUUCCUUCCACAUUAGACUUCUAAGACUACGAGGGCUUGUGAUGACUUAGCAGGAGGAUGGGCAGUUGUCUGUAAUCCAGCACUGGGGAGAAGGGUUUUUUUGCAACAACUUUGAGUAGAAGCUUACUCUUAAGUUUAAGAGAAAUCAUUUGUGUGAAAACCUGCAGCACAUCAUCGUCCUUUUUCAUGCAGUUGUACCUUGUGACAUUUUAAAAUCUGCAUAGGGAACACUGAUUUAAGUACUUGUCAGCUAGAGCUGCAUCUUCCAUAUCUCACUGAAAUUAGUAAAAGGGCUUUGGGUGUCAUUAUCCCUGAGAAUUCUUAAUUAUUUUGAUUUUGGAAGGCGGUAAGUAGGUGAGAUCUUGUACAAGUUCCAGUGAAAUCCAAGAGUCUUCUAAGUCUUGAGAGUGAAGGUGAAAAUAGAAAUAAAGCUAAAACUAUUUCUAGGAUUCCUGUCCACCUACCUCCAUAGGCAGCCAAGGUUCACCAAGGCUGAUGGGCAUUUUGGUGUUUACAUGUGCUGUGCAUGACAUCCCUGUAGAGGUUAUUUUUGCUCACCGGGCCUUCAGGUCCAGAGGAAGGGUUUUCUCUGGAGGGUCACGCCUUUUAAAUGAGUUGUACUUGACUGUUCACCUAAGUUUAUUCUGAUGCUUUAUCUGUGAUGCCAAGAUGAAACAACUUGUGUGAUCUUUAGCUGUUGUGGCUUACUGUACUCCAGUGCUGAAAGCAUAAUGCAUGACUUGUAAGAACCUCUCAUUUUUCUCAUCCACCUCUGAGUAUUGCUUUUUUUUGUUUGAGAAGCAAGUUUCAUGCGACUCAGUAUUUACUUCAAUGGAAGAACACUACUGAAGUUACGAAGUCAAGCACUCAGAGGUAAAGGUCUGUCAGAUUGAUGAGUCUCUUAAUCUUUCUUUUCUUUGUUUGGGCUUAUGUAGUGUUGUGUCUGCAGGAAUGUGUGUGACAUGAGGUUUCAUUGAUUAUGGGACGGCUGUCUCCAAGAAUGUUCAGGAUGAAGCUGGAACAAAAUAGCAUGAGAAACUGUACUUUUGGUGCUUCUGAUUUCUGACAAUCUAAAGACUUGACUUUGGAGAAUUUUUUUCUUGUUGGCCCACAGUGUAACCUUAAUUUCUCUUCCUUACCUUACCAGACUUUUAAACUCAAAAAGGUUGGGUUUUUUUUUUUUGUCCUACUAGCUAAUGCGGUACUAGUUCUUAAAAUGUUCUCUCCUGUUAAGUUUUGUAGCCACCAUUAUGGCACUAAAUGGAUCAUGAGCACUUUCCUUUUCUAGGUAGCUGGAGUUGCAGAUCAUUUUGCUACAAGCAAGGAUCUUCAAAAGAUUUACAGAAUUGAUGAAAUCAAUGUAUUUGAUGGUAAUGUUUGACUCUGCUUCCAUCUGUAAAUAAUAUUCCAAAAUAUGUUUGUAUAGUUACAAAACUAUUAUAUACCCAUAUGCAUUGCCUCAUAGAAUAUAUAUUACCUUUUCUAUUUUAUGGACUUUAUUUUGCAUAUGUAUUUCUGUAGUGUUUACAUACAUAGUACUUUUAAGUCAGCAUCAUUGUAUGUUCAUUUGGGGCUUUGAGCAAUACUGGUGGUGCCUGGAAGAAGUCCAGACCCUGCCACCAUCAUGUGGAGCUGGAAGUCGCACCAAAUCCAUAGAAAGAACUUUAAAAAGAGGCAUUGCUUACUUGCUGAUUCUCUUUGUCAUACAUUUUGUGUUUUACAGAAAUAACUGUAUGUGGUCACUGUUGAACUGUGAGCUGCAAAGUGAUGUGUACCUUUUGGAAUCCAAACGCUUCAAAUACACUGUCUAAAUCUGCAAGCUGCUGUUUAGAAGUAAGAUGCAUGCGUUUAGGCAGGAAAGCGAUUUUACGCUGUGCUGUAGUUUAAUCUCUUCAGCGGUGCCUAAAGUUUAAUUUUGAUUAAGUCCGUAGCAUUAAAGGUUGCUUGAUGCAAUUA